GACAGGCCUAAUCCGAAUUUCGUAAAGCCCCAUCCAGACGUCCAGUGCCGUCUCACCGUCCCUCUCGCAUCUGGUUACAUACACCGUCCCGCCUGCUGGUCAGCAAAUCAGCUCACAGUCGAUCUCGCGCACCCAUUACUGGCCUAUCUGGGGGUGGUGCUAGAACUCAGAAGAGAUGGCGGUGUCAGAUGUGUUGUGGAUAAUGUGCGCUGCUGUUCUUUUGCUGAUGGCCCCAAUCACUAAUGCUUGGGGAAAAGAAGGACACUUUGCUAUUUGUAAAAUCGCCCAGGAAUAUCUAACUGAAGAGGCUCUCGAAGUGGUAAAAGACUUGCUCCCUGAUGAAGCUAAAGGAGAACUUGCUAAUGUUUGCGAUUGGGCAGAUCUAGUUCGUUAUCAUGCACACUACGGUUGGAGCAAGAGUCUACAUUAUGUUGACACACCUGAUUUUUUAUGCAACUACAAAUUUUCCAGGGAUUGCCAUGACACUAAGGGGCAUAAGGGGAGGUGUGUUACUGCAGCAAUUCACAACUAUACUGAGCAGCUUUUGGGUUACAAUAAUUCAAACUCAAAAACAAAUUACAAUUUGACAGAAGCACUCAUGUUCUUAUCACAUUUUGUUGGUGAUGUCCAUCAGCCUCUUCACGUAGGGUUCCUUGGAGAUGAAGGGGGAAACUCAAUAAUUGUCCGCUGGUACCGGAGGAAGACUAAUUUGCACCAUGUAUGGGAUACUAAUAUGAUUGAAACUGCGGUGAAGAACUUCUAUGACUCUAAUCUUACACUGAUGAUUCUAGCUCUUCAAAAUAAUAUCACGAAUGAAUGGCCUGUUGAUGUUCAUUUGCUGGAAAGUUGCAAUGAGUUCGUCUGUCCAGACCCAUAUGCCUCAGAAAGUAUUAGUUUAGCCUGCAAAUUUGCCUACAGAAAUGCCACACCAGGGAGCACUUUGGCAGAUGAAUAUUUUCUCUCAAGGAUGCCUGUUGUGGAAAAGAGAUUAUCUCAAAGCGGGGUCCGUUUGGCUGCCCUUCUCAACUCUAUUUUCAGUUCACGUCCAUCAGUUGCACAACUAUGAAGAUAACAAGGUGGAGAACGGGGAGGAGUGAAGCUGCACUUAUUGAAAAUGCAGUCAUAUAUAGAUUGGGUUGCCCGUAGGGUCAACAAUUGAGAUGCCUAAUAGCUACUCCAUUUAGUAUGUGUAUAACUGAACUCACAUGAAACCGGUCAUGUAUACUUAUGGGGAACGUUUAGCGGGGUAUUAAAUUAUUUAAUCAAGAUGCUAAUUGCUAAAACAUAUUUAUAAAAAAAAAAGUGUUUUGAUUUUGAGGAUAUUUUGAUUUAAAAGUUAGAGACCUAAGAGCUGCACUCUCUGCCUUGCUGAAAUGAGUAAAUGUAGUUCUUUUUUGGGAGAUCAUAUGUUCUUACAUGUUCAGAUGGGUUCGGGUAAUCUUUUCUAUUUUGCAGGUUUCUUAUUUAGAACUAAUCAUGAGGUUGUUCAUUACUCUCUAAAUUGUGAUGAACAACUUAAAAUUUGAGGUACGCAGUUGAUAGGAGUUCCUACUUUCAUUUUUUGAUACACGGGAAAAUAGUUCCUACUUUUAUAUGACUGCACUAAUGUGAUGAUAUUGACAUUACAUCAAAUACUCAUUGUUUGUAAUUGCGCAAUGCAAUUGCGCCUCAUGGUUGCGCCUCAGCUAAUUUCUAGACUAUGGCGUAAAAGGCAUUGCAUAUGGCGUUGGGAGUGUGGCGUACGCAAUAUUGCACUGAGGCGUACGCAAUAUUGCAUACGCAAUAAAGCGCUCUGAGGCGUACGCAACAGGAGAAGGUCAGGGUGUAAAGGAAAAACCUAUUCCAGAAAACAUUCCAUGUAUUCAUUUACAAAAUGAAGAGAAGGAAGCAAUUAGAUUGGGUCACACGUGUAUUCAUAGACUGAGCACCUGCUUCUCUUGGUCAGUAGUUGGGAACCGGUGAAGGGUAACAUAUGCAUGACAACGUCAUCAUCUUGCACCUCCCGUCAGAACUGGAGCGAGAGAUCAUUCUGCAGUUCUUUGCAUAAGAAACUCAUUCUUCAAAUUAUUCUUCAAAUGGAGAGUAGUGGCUGUCUAGGCACUCUGCCAUCUGUCAAUCUGUAGUGUUGUAUAAUUGUGUGACUGGCAUUUGGGGUGUCAGUAUUUUCUCCAGGAGUAACUUUCAACUCGCGGCUUCUAAUGAUAUGCAACACAAUCACACAGUGACAACAAAUUAGUGUUGGUGGGAGCAUAAUGUUGUAUUGCGAAAUGAUCAGAACCGAAAGUUGAGAGAAUUAGGCGUACAAUGUGAAGAAGGCAAUGAGUCCAGCGGCUGAAAAAGAGAGGGGAAAACGGUUCCCCUUUGCUCGGCUAUAAAAAUAGCAAGAGUAGGAAAAUUGGCGGUUCUGAAUAGUGAGGUGCUGCUAAAGAGGUGGAGCAGAAAAGGGGAGCUUCGUACAGAGGCUGGGAAGUGGGAACAACGACUUGGGAGCUUCUGCUCUGCAAUGGCUGAAUUGUUCUGGAAAAUUCAUUCUGCUGCAGAAGUUAGUUUGAUCUAAUCUUCACACUUUAGCUCACUAUCACUGCAGUUACUCCUCCAGUUUCAUUUUUUGGCUUUACAGAGUGUUUACUUAAGGUGUCCAGGACACAAUUGAUUUUCGUUUAUUAAAAUGGUUUGAAAAAAU